AUGUCUCUAGCAUUUUCAUGGCGACAUGACACUGCUACAAAGGUCCAAAAACACAGGUGUGAGGUCGGCUGCGAGAGGCACUGCGUGGUGGGGCCGUGGUCCGCGUGGGGCGUGUGCACCCCGACCGACUGCACGGCUUCCCCUCCUCCGGCUACCCCUGGCUUCCAGCGCCGCCGCCGGGAGAUCGUGGUGACCCCGAGCUCCGGAGGCGCCGAGUGCCCGCCGCUGGAGGAGCAGAGCGAGUGCCACGAGGCCCAGUGCCACCAGUGGGUGCUCGGGCCAUGGUCCUCGUGCGAAAUGGACAACCUGGCCCACUCGUGCGGCCCGGGCCACCAGGCGAGGAAUGCCACUUGUCUCGACAGCGCCGGCGUGCCAGCGCCGACGGAGGAGUGCCGCGUGGAGCUGGGUCCGGCGCUGAGGGAGAGGGAGUGCCACGUGCCCUGCGCCUUCGACUGCGUGGUGGGGUCCUGGUCCGCGUGGUCGCCGUGCACACGCCCCUGCGCCAGCCAGCUCCAGGUCGGCUAUACGCAGCGCAACACGUCUGUGGUGGCGCCCCCGGGUCCAGGAGGCCUUUCGUGCCCCGCGCCCGACGAGCUCACCCAAGUGGAGACGUGCCGCGUGGAGCCGUGCGGAGGGGCGGCGUGGGUGGCCGGGGACUGGCGCCCUUGCACGCUCCCAGCCCGCGCCUCCUGUGGGCCCGGGCGGCAGACACGCCCACUCCUCUGCCGCGACCACUUGAACAACACGCUCCCGGCCUACAGGUGCGGAGGGCUGAGCCGCCCCAGCCUGGAGCGAGCCUGCGAGGUGUCCUGCGGCACGGCCUGCACGGUCACCUCCUGGAGCGAGUGGUCCCCGUGCCUCUCCCCCGACCCGUGCCCCAUGGAUGGAGUCCUCGUGUCCUCAGUGCAGCGGAGGUGGAGGCGAGUCCUGGUGGCCCCAAGCGACGGAGGUUCACCGUGCCCGCCCCUGGAUGAGGAGAGAGGCUGUGCCCACGCUCCCGUCACCUGCAGCGCCCACCACUGGAGGGCGGGUCCCUGGUCACGCUGUGCCCUGGCCGACGACGUGGAGUGCGGCCUCGGCUUCAGAGUCAGGCGAGUCGAGUGUCUGGACGCCGUAGGGAACGUGGUCGAAGCAACGCACUGCCUGCUGGGGGAUAAGAUGGUGCCCGAGAGUAGUGCAGAGUGUGAAGUGUCCUGUACUACCCCUUGCGUGACCUCGAUGUGGACGCCGUGGACCUCCUGCCCCGUCCACCCGCCCUGUGGACACUUUUCCUCCAGGACGAGGGAGCUCCUGGACGAGUCCGCCGACAACCCGCUUUGUCAGAGCCUCAUCCUGGAGGAGAAGGAAGCAUGCCAGUGCCACAGCUUCUACACGAGGCACUCCGGCGCGUGGUCGUCCUGCCUGGUGGGCGCGGGCAGCGAGGACGACUCCAAAGGAACGGGGAGCGCGGGCGUGUCUCCUCUGCUGGGGGCGGACAGCGGCUGGUGCGGCGUCGGCAGGAGGUACCGCGCCCUCCUGUGCAAUAGAGACGACGGGGUUCUGGCGCAUCCGAGCGCAUGCGGCCACGACGGGAUCGAGUCCGAGCCGUGCAUGGUGGAGUGCCCCUCGGACUGCCGCGUCGGGGCGUGGGGCGAGUGGAGCGCCUGCAACGCCUCGUGCGGAGCGGGAAUCCAGACCAGGAGGAGGGAGGUUGUGCAGCCGAGUCUGUGGGGCGGGCGACCUUGUCCGGAGAUUCGCGAGAUCCGUGCCUGCUGGGGAGAGUGCAGCUCGUCGUGGGUGCCAGGCGGGUGGACGGAGUGCCAGCUCGGACCCAAGCAAGACUGUGGAAGUGGCACCCAGACGAGAAGUGUCAGGUGCAUGCGAGAGGGCGCCACGGGCCUCGAGCUGGAGGUUCCCCCCGGGGAGUGCGACGCCACCGCUCAGCCGCCGCGCCAGCAGGCAUGCAGAGUGUCGUGUCCCGGAGAGUGUGUGGUGUCCUCGUGGGCUCCUUGGUCGCAGUGUCCGCAGGGCUGCCCCGGGAGGAGCCACCGCAGCCGCAGCCGCGAGGUGGUCCGUCGCCCCGUGGGGAACGUAGCCACCUGUCCGCAGCUGGUGGAGGAGGAGCCGUGCCUGAGGGGCGUGUCCUGCUGGCUUUACUCGUGGCACGUCGGGAACUGGACCUCCUGCGUGCCCUUGGGUCACUCCUCCUGCGGCGAGGGCGUCAGGAACCGGCCGGUCACUUGCAUUCGCUCCGGGGACAUCGCGGUGCCGGAGAGGUUCUGCCCGAGGGACACGCGCCCGACGCCGCAGGAGACGUGGUGUUACGUGGACUGCCCAAUCGACUGCGAGGUGACGCCCUGGACUCCGUGGGACGACUCCAAGUGCUCUUGUGGCGAGAACUCCGGCGAGAUGAUUCGCCACCGGUACCUGUCCGUCAACCCGAGUGAGUCAGGCCGCCCGUGCCCCGCCAACCUGCAGGAGUCACGCCCAUGCCCUGCUAUACCCUGCUACACGUGGGAGCGAGGCCCAUGGUCGCAGUGCAAGCUGGAGGGAGGCGAGUGCGGACACGGGUUCGUCGAGAGGAACGUAUCCUGCGUGGGUCCGGGAGGCCAGACGGUCGCGCCGCAGCUGUGCCUCGCGCUCGUCCACGUCGGGGGCCACACCUGGCCUUACCUGGCCCGGGCGCUCGAUCUCAAUACGAAGGACGGAUGCUAUGUUCCCUGCGAAGGAGACUGUGAGCUGACGGAGUGGACUUCAUGGUCGCAUUGUCACCGAGAUUGCUACAGAGGCCACCAGGGCGGGACGCAAACCAGAUCCCGAGCAGUGCUGACCGAAGGAACUCCCCAGCGGACCGACUCCAGGACCUCCUGCCCCGGCCCCCUGUGGGAGACCCGCCCCUGCCUCGCCGGCCCUUGCCUCAACUUCACGUGGGAGAUACGCAACGGCACCGUGGAAUGCGUGCGAGGGGACGGCCUCAUCGUGACAGGAGGCUGUGAGGGCACGCCGAGACCGUGUCUGCCAGAAUGCACUGUCCGCGGGGCCGUCUGCUCCGGCCUCGGCGCGUGCGUCUGCCAGUCGGGGCUCAGGCCGCGUUACUCCGAAAAGCAAAGAUUUCGUCUGACUGCUUGCGUGCCCGUUCUCAAUCUGACGUUCCCUUUGCCCCUCCCUCUGUCCGAAGCUAAAUACCUGCCAGAAGACAUAAACGUGUGGAUGUUCGCCAUGGUGGGCGUCGGCAGCGCCUUCGUGGUGUUCGUUGCCAUAUCCAUGUACCUUCUGUGCCAAAGCCCCCGGGAGCAGACCAGCACGCCCGUCACGCUGCGACGCCAAAAGACUCUUCGCCACCGCCCAGUGUGAGCCAGAAAAGAUAUUGUAGCAACUAGAAUAGAUGCUGUUCGGUUUUCUGUGGCCGAGAUACACGCAGCUCACAGAUAAUCCAAACACUAAAAUGCCCAAGACUUUGUUGCUGUAGUUAUGUAAAGUCUUUUUUUAUGUAACAAAGUCGUGUAAGAUGUUACCGAGGGGAGGUUGGCCGUGAGUGGCUGUCAUGAUCGUUGAGUAAUAAUAUUGAGGAUCAGUAUUCACGAAAGAAGUUGGCCUAUCAGCUGUGAAAGAGGGUGAGGUUUGUGGAACGCGAGUGACAUUUUACAUAGAGCAAAGAGAGGAUUUGGCUGCUAACUUAGCUUAAUACUCUUUGGACAAUGAAGAAAGGGAAUGUAGUGUAAAAAUCCUGCAAUGUAGAGUUGCAAUCACCCAUGCAAGUCACGAGCAUGGGAUGAAACGAAAUAAGUGUGUUUACAUUCCUUCUUUUAUAUGUCAUAACUUCACCCAUUCUUGUCAUUUUCCAUGUUGCAUUUCGAAAGCACGACUUGGUUUGAUUAAAGUUCGGUUUUAGAUCAUGUGUUGGGAGAUAUGUGUGUUUGAUUCAUAAAACUAGUGCAACUCACAAUGAGACAGUGUUAUGAAGAAAAAAAAAUGUAUGACCCUGUGUGUGCAUCUAUUGCAUGUGUACAAAACCUCUCAAACAAAACAAAUACAAUAAAAUAAACAUUAAGUUUUGUAUAAUACAUCCAGAGUCCCACAGUCUCAGGAUAUAUAAAUGAUAAAGUCAGUAAAACCGGAAUGGUCUCAUAUUAUCCUUUGUGUUACCGUUAGCUUUACAAUUUUAAUUUUAGUUUAUGUAUCUGUCAUUGGUAGUGUUAAUGAUGAAGAUAAGAGCAAUGGCAUAUUAUCAACUUUUCAUAUGAUUAUCAUUAUUGCUAUCAUUAGCAGCAGUAUUGCCAUUAUACUAUUAUUAUCAUUACCAUU